AUGGCAAUUAUCUAUCGAUUAAAUGAUACUUGUUUUACAAAAAAAUCCAGCCUACAAUGUCAAGAUUCAAACGACUGCAUUGAUCUUGCUGGAAAAUAUGGUUUUCCAGCUGAGGAGCACCAAUUAGAAACCGAUGACUUCUACAGAUUGCGGAUCCAUCGGAUUCCAGGUAGUCCAUCAAGUCCAAAAGCAUCAGGAAAGCCGAUCGUUUUCAUUCAGCACGGAAUGCUCGGUAUUUCUAGUAUGUUUGUUCUAGGAGGCCCAAAUAAGGAUCUUGCUUUUAUAUUAGCCGAUGCUGGAUAUGACGUUUGGUUGGGUAACACACGUGGGAAUACGUAUUCUAGAUCUCAUGCAACACUAUCACCAGAUCGUGACUCUCAAUUUUGGGAAUUCAGUUUCCACGAAAUGGCCCUUUAUGAUCUCCCUACUACUAUCGACUACAUCUUAGGAAUAACAAAUCAGACAUCACUUGUUUAUAUAGGACACUCAAUGGGCUCUACAAUGAGUAUUGUGCUUUUAUCUAUGAAACCCGAAUAUAAUAAAAAAAUUCAUCUUGUAAUUAACAUGGCUGGCAUUUAUACUUGGAAAGAGCCACGACCGACUAUAAAAUUUUUGCGAGACAACGGCCAACACAUCAAGAGAGUGAUAGUAUUUUUUGGAAUCAAUGAACUAUUCCCACAUAGAAUAAUUCGUAGAUACUUUUCAAAUAGUACAUAUUGCGAGGAAAGAUUUUUUCAAUCUGCAUGUUUAAACAUAGCCCUGUUAAUAAAUGGCUAUAAUUCUGAUUUAGAUUUGAAUUUAUUUUCAAAAUCAUUUCCUCACUUCCCUGCUGGAAUUUCAAGAAAGACCGCUAUUCACUUCCAUCAAAACAUGUUAGCAGGUAAACUUCAGAUGUUCGAUUAUGGUUAUAUUGACAAUAUGGCUUACUAUGGUUCGAUGUUUCCUCCAGCGUAUAAUAUCGAAAAUGUUUUGACACGCGUUGUUAUGAUAUAUGGAAAAAAAGAUACACUAGCAUCUCCAGAGGAUUCAAUCGAUUUAUCCAGCAAGCUUAAAAAUUCUUGGGUUGAAACUGUGCCCUUUGAAAAUUUUUCUCAUAUAGAUUAUAUCUGGGGUAAAAAUAUGAAAAGAUUGAUUCACGAUCGAAUUUUACAAAUUAUUGUGAACAAUUGA